AUGUCAACCGAUGUAUCUGCUUUAAUUAACCCCCCGGAAAUAAUUAAUCAAAAAGUUUUUCCUGAUCAAUCUGAAGACGUAUUUUGGCAAAAGGCAUCCGAUGCUAACGAAGAAACUCGUGAUAAUGACGUUAUAUGGAAUCCGCAAAAACAUGAACAGCCACAGCAAGAACAUAGCAAUUUUGUAAUAACACCACCACCCCCACUUCCAUCAACGAAUACUAUGUCUAGACAUUCCCGAAAAAGUAGCAGAAUAUCAUGGGGAUUACAAACUGAUUUUGAAAGACAUAUUGGGCUAUUAGAGUCAAAAUUAACAGAAAUCGUAUCUCAAGGCAAUAAACAUGUUGACAAAUCCGUAGGAUUCGAAGGAACACCGCUAUCAACUUUGGGCUAUCACCCAAGGGAAUAUUUAUCACCCGACAUAAAUUUCGAAAACGAGGAUGAUGAACAACUUGACGCAACACACAAUCCACAAGAAUCAGAUGAAGGAUUAUGGUUAUUGUGGAAAUCUUCAAGUAUUACUUCCAAAAAUAACUCACCAUCAAUUCAAUGGAACCUUCCCAUAUUAACUCGAAACAGAAACAUGAAUGCUGUUACCAUAGAAUUAUCAAAUGGUGAAUACGAUAUGCAUCAUGAUGAUGAGAAUGACAGCGUUCUUGAUGAAAUGUUAUUGAGUAAUGGAAGAAGAAAGAGCGAAAAUGAUUAUUUACGAAUGAAUGGUGCUUUUUGUAGAAAUUCAUUAUUUUCCUACUGUUUGCCUGUUGUUACUUUUAUGCAUAAUUGGUGGUGUUGUGGCUUAUUAGGACUAGAUGAUGAUUAA